AUGAAGAAUGAUCUCAGGUUCAGAUCGGAUCCUGAUAGAGAAGCAUUUUGGCUCAUAGAAUACGGCCACUGGCCUGCAUCUUCAUUUUGGAAACCGUUUGCCUACUCUUCCUAUAACAUUGAACUGCCUAUUCCCACGUCAACUCUUACCAAGAAUUCUAUAAUUCAUGAAGGCAAGAAGUUGUUCAAUCAUCUGCCCUUGCACAUAAAGCAAAUAGAAACUGAACGAAAGUUUAGGAAAUCGGUUAAAAAGUUUCUAUUGGAAAAGCGUGUUAUAAUCUCACCGAAUUCUAUCAGGAAACGAUUUCUGAUCAUCAAAAAAUGUCCUUGCAAUUCUUCUUUUCGUUAUCGAUACUCGCCAGCAGCAGAUGCUCUGAUUAAUCAGAAAUGUAGUGUGAAUUUGAAAAAAGGCGACUCUAUACCUAAGAAACAUCAACAUGAUAUCCCCAAUGAACAGACAAAUUCAGGAGUUGCUGGACAAAAUGGCAGAGCUGUUGCCAGAAGAUAUCGAACCUUACCUGUUCGUCGUAUGCAUAAAAAAUUAGAAGAAUAUUUCUCGGAUGACAUCAUGAUAUUGAGACAAAAAGAUAGAGCUAAUAUAAUCGUAACUGGGAAAACAGUUGUCAAAAUAAUUUGUGAUUAUCAGCGACAAAAGUGUUCAGAAGAUACAGAUGCUGAAGAAUUUCGGAUAGUUGAAGCAACAGCUAAACUGAUUAAGAAUUCAAUCAAGUUGAUGAGAACAUCCUGA